ACUCAAAUUCCAAAUCAUAAAAAAUGGCUCUCCGAUCUAUCAAGUCGCCGACGUUGAUAACUCCCACCGCCGUCGUCUCCUCCUCCGUCAUCAACAAGCCUCAAUCCAUCCGAUUCUCUCUUAAACCGACGGCGACACUCGCCGUUCACAACCGGCAGCCAUCGUUCUACGGCAUCGGUUCGUAUCUCAAGCUCAAACCAACGAAAUUCCGAUGCUCUGCGUCGGCGCUCUCGCCGCAGCUGAAAGAUACGCUGGAGAAACUGGUGAAUUCGGAGAAAGUGGUUCUGUUCAUGAAAGGAAAUAAAGAUUUCCCGAUGUGCGGAUUCUCCAACACGGUGGUUCAGAUCCUGAAGAACCUGAAUGUUCCAUUUGAAGAUGUGAACAUUCUGGAGAAUGAGAUGCUGAGGCAAGGGCUUAAAGAGUACUCCAAUUGGCCGACGUUUCCUCAGCUUUACAUCGGCGGUGAGUUUUUCGGUGGUUGUGAUAUCACUAUUGAGGCAUUUAAGAGUGGAGAGUUGCAGGAAGUGGUCGAGAGAGCUAUGUGCUCUUGAUUGAAUGUGGCUCAGUACCUUUUGUACUGAUGAAUUGAUAUGUCUAUCCUAUCCCCUGGAAAAAAACUGUGUCUUUUUUGAUGUCUCAGACUCAGACUCAAGAGUUUAUGGAUGUAACAUUAAACUGGUUUUAGGUAUAGAACAGUACAAUAUCUGUGAAUUCUGAGUCUCCUUAUGGAUUGAUCCUUUUGUUAUAUGUUUGGCAUGCAAUGUUGUAUUGUUUCUUGAAA